AUGGGUGGUCUCGUUGGCUAUGGGAGUAGCAGCGAAGAAGAUGAGCCUUCCAAGACGGAGGCUCGUUCGACCACCAUAUCAAAAUCAAAUGAGAAAUUGUCUGGGCCGGCAUCUAAUGCCAAUGGUAAGAAUGGCACUGUCGAGGCGGCGUCCUUGCCUGAGUCUGGCGGAGAGGAGCACAUGCGCACUGAAGAUGGGUGCGUCAAGCCCCUAAUAGGUCCUACGAUGCCCGAUCGAAUGGACGACCAUCAGGAGCAAGGCCCUUCAUCCGCGGCCCUAGAAUCAAUGUCUGAACGAGAAGCGGUUCGCUAUCUUACGCAAGCCUCCCAUCCGAUGACCUCGAUCCCGCCAUCUCCUCCAGAUUCGCCCGACCCAACGUUGAAUGCCAAAUUCAAAAGGUUCCUUGACCUCAAGGCUCAGGGAGUGCAUUUCAACAAUGACCUUGCAAUUAAGUCGACCUUUCGAAACCCCAGCUUGCUGUCCAUGAUGAUGGUUCGUGCAGGGUUGGACGGAAACGACCAGUACCGGACUUCGCUUCCUUUGGAAGUUUGGGACCCUUCCAGCUUCCCUCCAUCUGCCUAUAAGGAAGAACUUCUAAGGAGCCAGCAGACUCUCCGAGAGAGUGAAUUGUCAACGAAGAGAAAUCUCUCGGCUUCGGGAAAGAGAACCAUUGAAUUCACCUCUGGCGGAACGUCAGGGAGUACCAGCAGGGAUUCGACCCCAGGAAUGGCAAACAAACGAAAGCGACCUUGA